AUGGAAGCGCUCAUGGAUGAGACCUGUCUAUUCUUCAGACAAACUGCCGAUCAGGACGCCUACGUCACUUUCGUUCAGUCAGCGACGACUUCUGCUAUGAAAUCAUCGGACGAGUGCUUUCCAUCGAUAAGCCGAGGAGUCACAUCGCUCGCCAUCUCAAUCUGCACUACAAUUGCACUGAGAAAUGUACUAUCGAAUGCCAACACAGCGGGACUGUUCAAGACGACUGCACCUGCAAAUGCGCCUACGGAUUCUCCGGCACGAGGUAAGUCUCCCCGUACCUCCACAUACCUUCAAGGUGUUCAUGUAGCCCUGCUCAAUUACAGAUGUGAACGGCUCGCCAAGGAGGCCUCCUUCACCGAUAGGUCUUGUGGAGUUGUCGAGGUUGAGGGUGAUGGCGUCGUGACUUUAUCCACCUAUCCAGGACCCCGUCCCAAGGUCACUUUCUGCCAGUGGCUUCUUCAGUCAUCAGACCCGUGGGCGGUGAUCGAAGUGGACAUCGAGCGGCUUGGAUUAGACGGCGAAGAUAUCAGGCCAGGAUCCGUCUGUAAUGACCUCUUCACAGCUUUUGGAGAACAAGAACUUGUUGGACCGAUUCCUUGUGAUGGCUCCCAAAACGUGACGAAACUACGAUCAAAGUCGAACUGGCUGCUGCUGGAGCUGCGCAGUGAUCCUUACUCGGAGAGUUCAGUCAGUGGGCCUCGUCUCAGACACGGCCUGAAGCGAAUGCAACCCGGUGUGCGAAUCUACUCAGAAGGAAUGACGUCGUCAACGCUGCUGCCAUCCAUCGCUGCCAUUGCCUUGGCAUUGGCCGUUGUUAGGAUAUUCUAG